CCCCUUUUUUUUUUUUUUGCGGGCAGACCUGGCGAUGCUCAGGGCUAAGUCCUGCCUCUGCGCUCAGGGAUGGCUCAGGGAUCACUCCUGGCAGGGCUCACGGGCCCCUAUGCAGGCGACGGGGAUCGAACCCCGAUCCCCGGAACGCAGGCCCUGUGCCUUCUCUAUUAUGUCUCUGGGACCCUGCGCGGCUUUUCCAUACCUGCAUCCUUCUUCCAUCACUACUCCCCUCCUCCCAGGCUGGUCCAAUAAACUUUUUUGCUUUUUGGGUCACACCCAGCGAUGUUCAGGGGUUACUCCUGGCGGUGCUUGGGGGCCCCUACGGAUGCGGGCCCCACCAGCCUCUGUCCAUCCAGUAAAGUCCUUCUCUUCCCAGGGCCCCCCCAGGGCCGACCGAGCGCGCGGUACCCGCGGGGGGUGGGGCUGGCGGGGAUGCGGUUGGGGGGACUCCGCGAUCGGGGCGGGGGACGGCGGCUCACCGAGCCUCGCCUCGCCCCUUCCCCGCAGCGCCCCCGCCUCGACCUCAUCAUUCCCGCCUCCCGGGUGCCGCAGGGCCGGGCGCGACCCCGCGCGCGCCGCCGCCGCCGCGCGCGCCCUGGACGCCUACGGGUGCCGGCCGUCGCGACAGGCGCAGCAGCUGUGGGCGCGGCUGCGGCAGUUCUGGAGUGACCACUUCUCGCGGCGCUUCUCGCCGCGGCGGCCCCCGCUGCGCCGCAUCGCCUCCAUGUCCACCUUCUACCUGCUGGACCACCGCACACGGCAGGCCGAGCUGGGGCUGGGCUACGGCGCCCCGCGCGCGCGCCUGGGCGAGCGCGCCUUCGUGUUCCGCGGCGGGCGCUGGUGCGCCGACGGCCCGGCCGGCCGCCCCCGGGCCGCUCUGCCCGCCGCGGGCCGCCCGCCGCCGCCGCGCGCGCACGGCCAGACGCUGCUGGACGAGAACAACUACCUGAGGCUGCAGCAGGAGCUGCUCAUGGACAUGCUCACCGAGACCACGGCGCGCCUGCACCUGCUGGAGCAGGAGGUCCAGCCCGACGCCGGCCCGGGGGCGGCGACGGCGGCGGCGCGCGGCUGGCCGCGGAAACUGCGCAGGCGCGAGGGCGCGCCGCGGGGCGGCUCGCUCGUGCUCGAGCCGCGCGCCCCCGGGUCGCGAUGA